AGGCAGGGAGAGCGGAGAGAGGCAGACAGACCGACAGGCAGACCUUGGGGUUGACCAUGGGGAGGGUGGUGGGCGUCUGAGUGGGGCUCAGGGGGCAGACCCGGCCCCCCUCCCCCCCCCCUUGGGACCCCUCUAGUCCAGGAGGCAGGGUGGAUGGCGGAUUCGUGCAGGAACCUCACCUAUGUGCGGGACUCUGUGGGACCAGCCACCAGCACCCUGAUGUUCGUGGCGGGCGUGGUGGGCAACGGGCUGGCACUGGGCAUCCUGGGGGCGCGGCGACGGUCACGCCCGUCGGCCUUCGCCGUACUGGUCACCGGACUGGCGGUCACCGACCUGCUGGGCACUAGCUUCCUGAGCCCGGCGGUGUUCGUGACCUACGCCCGAAACAGCUCGCUGCUGGGCCUGGCCUGGGGCCGGCCCGCCCUGUGCGACGCCUUCGCCUUCGCCAUGACCUUCUUCGGCCUGGCCUCCACGCUCAUCCUCUUCGCCAUGGCCGUGGAGCGCUGCCUGGCGCUCAGCCACCCCUACCUCUACGCCCAGCUGGACGGGCCGCGCUGCGCCCGCCUGGCCCUGCCUGCCAUCUACGCCUUCUGCGCCCUCUUCUGCUCGCUGCCCCUGCUGGGCCUGGGCCAGCACCAGCAGUACUGCCCGGGGAGCUGGUGCUUCAUCCGCAUGCGCGCCACAGAGCCGGGCGGCUGCGCCUUCUCGCUGGCCUACGCCAGCCUCGUGGCCCUGCUGGUGGCCGCCAUCGUCCUCUGCAACAGCUCCGUCACGCUGAGCCUCUGCCGCAUGUACCGCCAGCAGAGGCGCCACCAGGGCUCCCUGGUCCCUGGUCCCCGAGCAGGAGAGGACGAGGUUGACCACCUGAUCCUGCUGGCUCUCAUGACGGGCAUCAUGGCCGUGUGCUCCCUGCCUCUCACGAUCCGAGGCUUCACGCAGGCCGUCGCCCCUGACAGCAGCGAGAUGGGGGACCUCCUGGCCUUCCGAUUCAACGCCUUCAACCCCAUCCUGGACCCCUGGGUCUUCAUCCUCUUCCGCAAGGCCGUCUUCCAGAGGCUCAGGGGCUGGCUCUGCUGCCGGUGCCCCAGGCCUGCCCGCGGCGGCCCGCAGACACCCCUCGCCCAGCCCGCCUCGGGGAGGAAGGACUCCAGGGCCCCCACUGCUCCUGGGGGGAAGGAGGGGAGCUGGGUGCCUCUGGCGGCCUGGGGCGAGGGGCAGGGGGGGCCCUCGCCCCAGGCACAGCGGUCCGCCAGCACCGUGGGAAUGCCGUCCAAAGAGGGGGCGGCGACCGCCUGCUCCCUCUGCUGACCCAGCGGCCCGGGUCUCCUGCCCUGACUUCCGGCCACUCAGGGGCACCCCGGAGACGAGUCUCAGGUCCUUGUCUGCUGGAACCUUGACCCCCUGGACGCAGGGGCGAUCAGCUGCUUCCCCCCCCCCCCCCCGAGUUCUCCUUCUUCAGAGUGGCCGCGACAGGGUUUGGGAGAAGACAGAGGGA